UCCUGUAACCCGAGAGUAGUGACAGCGGUCUGACUUCACGCCAACUGUGUGUGCUGGAAAAAAAACACGGACGGACCCUCAAGUUAACUUUCUAUGAAGAUAUCCCUGUGAUUUAAUUUGGUGAAUCGUCAUGAAGGCCCAGGACUGGUUUAUUGUCACCUGCUGCCUCUAUGGCCUGAGCGCAAUGGCAGGUGCAUCAGAACCAGAACAUCAGCUGAUGAAGAAACUGUUUUCUUCAUACAAUGUUAAAGUUCGGCCUGCAAGGAGACCAGAGGAAAGGGUCAUUGUGAGGAUAGGCAUGACCCUUUCAUCAUUCGUCAGCCUGAACAUGAAAGAUGAGGAGAUGAACGUUAUUGUUAUUAUGAACUUGGAGUGGAACGAUUAUCGCCUCUCCUGGAACCCAAAAGAUUAUGGGGGAAUUGAUGUGUUGCGUAUCCCGUCUGGAAAAGUGUGGCUUCCUGAUAUUGUUCUCAUCAACAAUAAUGAUGGCGUGUUUGGUGUAGCUCUACAGGUCCACGUGCAGGCCUACAGUAACGGCCGUGUGACGUGGACUCCACCAGCUCUUUACAGGAGUUCUUGCGGGGUGAAGGUGACAUACUUUCCUUUUGACUGGCAAAAUUGCACCAUGGUUUUCCAAUCUUAUACGUAUGAUUCCUCAGAAGUGGAUCUGCAGCAUGGCCUUGAUAAGAAGGGAAAUGAAAUCCGAGAGAUAAUCUUCGACACUGGCUUCAGCGAGAGUGGAGAAUGGCACAUUCGUCAUAAGGUUUCUCGGAAGAAUGUGCGAGAUGACCUGUAUGAGGACAUCACCUUCUACCUGAUCAUCGAGAGGAAGCCCAUGUAUUACGUGUUUAACAUUGUCCUGCCCUGUAUCCUCAUCACCAUCAUUGCCAUCUUUAACUUCUACUUGCCACCUGAUGCAGGGGAGAAGAUGGGUCUUUCAAUCAACGUACUACUGACUUUAACUGUCUUCCUGCUUCUGCUGGCCAAUAAGGUUCCAGAAACAUCUCUGGGUGUUCCCAUUAUCGUCAACUACCUGAUGUUCACCAUGGUCCUGGUCACCUUUUCUGUCAUCCUCAGUGUUGUGGUGCUCAACCUUCAUCAUCGUUCCCCCAACACACACCAAAUGCCUCACUGGGUGCGCAAGAUCUUCAUCCACAUGCUGCCUCCAUACCUGGGGAUGCUGCGACCUAAAGUGGAAACACCUCUGUUUCUUGAGAAACCUGCCAAAAAGGAGAACAUCCAAGCCAUCAGCAGAGUGGCAGAUGAGUACUUCAUCCGCAAGCCCAAUAACACCAACUUCCUCUUCCCCAAACCCCACAGGUACCAGCCUGAUGGUCAAUGCACUGACUUGAGGAAGUUCAUUGACGGCCCCAGUCAUUACCUUACCCUUCCUCCAGAACUCAAGGAAGCUGUGGAGGCCAUCACUUACAUCGCAGAGCAGCUGCAGGCGGAGAAAGAUUACGAGGCUUUAAAGGAGGACUGGCAGUAUGUUGCCAUGGUGGUUGAUCGACUCUUUCUCUGGAUCUUUGUGAUUUUUACCACCGUUGGGACGCUGGGCAUUUUUGCUGAUGCCAGCUUCAAUGCUACACCCACUGACCCCUUCCCCUAAAUCUGACAGUUGUUCUCUCCAAAAAAACAUUGGCAUAUGAUGUGUUAGACACUGUUCAGUGCACAUUUAUGACCUUUUACUGUUAUAAAAAUAACUGAAAAAAAAACUUUCUACUCAAAAAAUAUUUCACGGUUUCCAAAAAAAUAUUAAGCAGCACAUCUUUUCUCAACAUUGAGAAUAAUAAGAAAUGUAACUUGAGCAACAAAUCAACGUAUUAGAAUGAUUUCUGAAGGAUCAUGUGACAGAAGACAAUGAGGCAAAAAAAAAAAAAAUUCAGCUUUGCAUCACAGGAAUAAAUUACAUUUUAAAAUAUAUUCAAAUAUUUUUGAUCAAAUAAAUGCAGCCGUGGUAAACAUAAGAGACUUCUUAAAAAAAAAAAAAAAACAUUACUGACCCCAAACUUUUGGAGGGUACACCCUCAGAAAAAAGGUACAAAAGCUGUCACUGGGGCACAAUUUAGGUACGAAUAUGUAUACUUUAGGAACUAUCAUGUACCUUUAAGAUAAUAAUAUGCACCUUUUAGGGGUAAAUAAGGUACAAAGGUGUACCUUUUAAAAGGGUGCCACCCCAGUGACAGCUUUUUUUCUGAGAAUGUAGUGUAUAUGCAUUUAUGCAUGAUGUGUAAGGAUUUGUUUUGAUACCCAGUGUGAUUUAUGCUCUUAAAUGUGUGAAGGCUGUUCUAGUCGUUAUGUUUUUAAAGAAAGUGUGGUGAAUAAAGAGCAAAGGUGGUGUUCAAGAAAAUCUGUCUGUCCGUCUGUCCAUCCGUUCCAAAAUUUUGAUUGCAAAUAAUAUGAUCAGCAUAAUAAAUUGUGUGUAAAGGUAUUUGUUGGUUGGGCUUUCAUGUUCUUGAAUGAGCCGCCCUGUCCUUUACAAAAACUAGUAUAAACUAUUCUAUAACUGUCCCUUAAACAAAAGAGAUCUCAGAAGAUCCAGAAUUGACUUGUAUAAGGCUGAAAAGAUUUACAAAAGUAUCUCUAAAAGCCUUGAUGUUCAUCAACCCACAUCAAGACUAAUUAUGUAUAAAUUACACAAUGAACUUAGCUAGCCAGCUCUUUCACUCCCCACUAACUCUGUAGUGCUUAGUGUUUAAGGGUGUUUUGAGUGGGAAAUUUUCCUGAGGA